UUGGGCGCCCAGACCAGCGAGCCCCAGCACUGGGACGUCAAGCAGGAGACGGGCGGCGGCGGGAAGCACUCGACCACCACCGUGCUGUGCCAGCGCCUGGCGCCCGGCACACGAGACAGAAGCAGCAGCUCGUUCAGCGAGGUCGUGCGGAUGAACUUCGAGAUAGCCAGCUUCAGCAGCCUCUCGGGGACGCAGCCCAUCGCCUGGCAGGUGGAGUACCCGAGGACAGCGACCACAGACACGGCUGUAUCCGAGAUCUUCGUCAGCCAGAAGGACCUGGCAGCCAUCGUCCCCCUGGCCACGGACACGGAGAUUCUGAACACCGCCGUACUCACAGGAAAGGCGGUAGCCCUGCCCAUCAGGGUGGUGUCUGUGGAGGAAGAUGGUGCCGUGACCGACGUCUCGGAGCUGGUGGAGUGUAAGUCCACAGACACGGAUGUCCUCAAGGUGUCUGACGGCUGUGAUUACGUGUUUGUCAACGGCAAGGAGAUAAAGGGCCAGGUGGAUGCGGUGGUGAACUUCACCUACCAGCACCUGAGUGCCCCCCUGCACAUCACCGUGUGGGUGCCCCGACUGCCUCUGCAGAUCGAGGUCUCGGACACAGAGCUGAGCCAGAUUAAAGGCUGGAGGGUCCCCAUUGUGGCCAGUAAGAGGCCCACACGGGAGAGCGAGGAUGGAGACGAUGAAGAGCGCCGGGGCCGAGGCUGUGCCCUGCAGUACCAGCACGCCGCCGUGCGGGUGCUCACGCAGUUUGUGGCCGAGGGCGCCGGCGCGUGGGGCCAGCCCAGCCGCCUGCUGGGCCCCGACUGGCAGGCGGACGUCACCCACCUGGUCGCAGACUUCAUGAAGCUGGAGGAGCCUCGCGUGGCCACGCUCCAGGACAACCGGGUGCUGGUCGGGCGGGAGGUCGGCAUGACCACCAUCCAGGUACUGUCCCCGCUGUCAGACUCCAUCCUGGCAGAGAAAACGGUCACCGUGUUGGAUGACAAGGUGUCAGUGACGGACUUGGCCAUCCAGCUGGUGGCCGGGCUGUCUCUCACCCUCCACCCCAGUGCAGAGGACAGCAAGACCAUCACAGCGGUGGCCACCGCUCAGGAGCUGCUUCGGACUCCCAAGCAGGAAGCCGUGGUCAGCACGUGGCUCCACCUCAGCGACGGCUCGGUGGCGCCCCUCGACAUCUACGACACCAGGGACUUCGCCCUGACGGCCACCUCCCUGGACGAGGCCGUCGUGUCCAUCCCCCAGGCCCGCUCCCCCAGGUGGCCGGUUGUGAUGGCCGAAGGGGAAGGCCAGGGGCCCCUGGUCCGUGUGGACAUGACCAUCGCGGAGGCGUGCCAGAAGUCCAAACGCAAGAGCGUCCUGGCCGUGGGCGUGGGCAGCGUCAGGGUCAAGUUCGGCCAGAACGACGCCGACUCGAGUCCCGGAGGGAACGGCGACGAGGGCGAGAUCAAGAACCAUGCCAGUGACCGCCGGCAGAAGGCUCAGGAGCCCGAGGGGCCCCCGCACGGCGGCUCGUCCGUGGAGCGCGAGGAAGGCGCCCUGCGCAGGGGCGGCACCACGGCCCGGCCGCCGCUGGACCGCAGGGUAGUGACGAGCGGCCGGCCGGACUUGGGCAGGCCGUCCGGGGAGGGCCCCCUGCAGAGCAUCCCCUUGGACUUCACCAACUUCCCGGCCCGGGUGGACGUGCCCGGCGCGGGGAGCGGGCUGGGGGCCAGCGACCUGGUGCAGACGCCCCGGGGCCUGAGCGACCUGGAGAUCGGCAUGUACGCCCUGCUGGGCGUCUUCUGCCUGGCCAUCCUCGUCUUCCUCAUCAACUGCGCCACGUUCGCCCUCAAGUACCGGCACAAGCAGGUGCCGCUGGAAGGCCAGGCCUCCGUGACCCACUCGCACGACUGGGUGUGGCUGGGCAACGAGGCCGAGCUCCUGGAGCACGCGGCCGAGGGCUCCCUGCCGCGAGACGAGCACACGACGGCCCUGGACCGCGGGCCGGGCAGCAGCGAGGAGAGCGGCCGUCUGCUGCUGGACGGCGGCGCCCAGCAGCACGUGCAAGGCCAGGUGCACAGGCCGGACCCGGGGGGCGGGCGGGCCAGGGACCCGAAGCCCGAGCCCCUGCACUCGCCCACCUCCAGAAGGAAGAAGGUGAAGUUCACCACCUUCACCACCGUCUCGCCGGACAGCGGCUGCCCCACCGUGAACUCCAUCCUGGGCGGUGGCGGGGGCGAGGACAUCAAGUGGGUGUGCCAGGACGUGGCCGCGGGCGCCCCCCGGGAGCUCAGACACUACCUGGAGAAAUUCAAGGAACAGGCAUAGGCCCCUCGCUGGGCUCCACAGCGGGUCCGGCUGCAGGGCGUCCCCUUCCCACCAAGAGGCUGCGCGAGUCCUGGGGCCU